AGAGAGAGAGAGAGAGAGAGAGAGAGAGAGAGAGAGAGAGAGUGAGUGAUGAGGAGAGAGCCAGAGGAGCAGGGCAACAGAAGACAGAUGGAUUAUCUGACAUGCGCCUGGAUUGACCAGCGUUCCUCUAUAAGUCUUGAGUCCUGUUUUACCUCCUCAGAGUGAGAUCUGAAAAUGCUUUCCUGCACAUGUGGAGUGUGUGUGGAGCAGCUAUCGGACAGGUAGACUGUGUGGUGCACCGUUUUUUGAUUUUGUGCUUUUUUAAUUCAUUGGAAGUAAGGAGUUUGGCACAUGGCAAAUUUUCUACCUGGAUAUCAGUGAACUUUAUCUUUUUGGAUUUUUUUUUUUCACUUUCUUCUUUUUCUUAAUUGAGCAACUGCCUGGAAAUACAAGGGUCCCGCAGGAGAAGCCAAGAAUAAUAGUCAACAUUUCACAAACAAUUUCGAAAGAAUUAAAAAAAAGGAAGUGGAAAAAGAGAUCUCUUACUGGAACAUACACAAGGUAAUUGGUGCAUUGUUUUUUAUGUAAUCUCCAUUCAUUCAGACUUUUUUUAAAUUUUCCGAAACAGACUUGGACUGCAGACUUUCUAAUCAUCAGCCUAAAACCUUUCAGCAGUGGAGGAGAGAACUCGGUGGAAUAUCAGCGUGAAACACAGUGACUUGUUGAACAGUCAAAAAUAAUUCAGAGGCAAAUCAAAGAAUUUCACACCGGUUCUGAAUAAUUUGGACUCUCUACGAGGACCAUCUCACCCUGCCUGGACUGUGGAGGGCUCUCCUCCCUGCCCUCCCAGCCUAUCCUCGCCCCCAGCAGCAUGUCCCAGGCUCUGAGGCUGCCUCUAGUCCUCCACACAGCACACUACCAUGAUCAGAUGGGCUGCUGGAGGGAGUAAGGCUGCCUCUGCCUCGUCCUGCUCCAGGGCUGGGUUAGGGGCUCGUUCUGCUUCUGGGACCAGCUCCAGACAAAGGUCAUUAACGCUGCUUUCCACACUGUCUUUGCCCCUCCUGGUUGCCCUGGUGGUUUUCUCCUUCACCCUACCCGGGGCGGCCUGCCAUCAGCUCCGUAGGGACAGACAGAGGCUCACCAACCCACGAAAUCUCAGGUCUCCACUGAACAUUUCUGAGACUGAGGUCGUCUCGCGGCUCAGGGCCACUGGGGGGCCCCUGGGUCGAACUGGGGUUCCUCAGGGCAGGCAUGUGCGCAGCUACAAUCAUCUUCAAGGGGACAUAAGGAGGAGGAAGCUGUUCUCUUUCCAGAAGUUUUUCCUGAGGAUCGAUAAGAAUGGAAAGGUCAAUGGAACCAAGAGCAAGGAUGACCCCCUCAGUAUUCUGGAAAUCACAUCAGUGGACGUGGGAGUGGUGGCCAUCAAAGGGCUGAACAGCAACUACUAUCUGGCUAUCAGCAGGAAGGGAGAACUAUACGGAGCGAGAGAGUUUGGUGUCGACUGCACCCUGAAGGAGCGGAUUGAGGAGAACGGCUACAACACGUACGCAUCAGCAGAGUGGAGGAACAAGAAGCGGCAGAUGUUUGUGGGUCUGAACGUCCAUGGGAAGCCGCUGAGAGGGAAGAAAACCCGCAGGAAGAACACGGCCACCCACUUCCUUCCAAUUGUGGUGUGAACUGGAGAAUUAAAGUGGAGAAGGAGGAUACGCAGCACUGGACAGACAGGUUUUCAAUAGUGAAAAAAUCUGUAAAAAUAAAGACAUUCACUGAGAAAUCUCUCAUUUGGAAAGAAGGCACUAACACUGUUAUACAAAAUACGGUCUCUGCUCCUGAUUUGACUGAGAUCAUGUACUUUAUUUUGGUGGGAAAAGAUAAUAUCUGUGUUUUCUGUGGCAUGGGAUGCAAUAUUUACCCUUUUUUUCUGUGCCAAACAGUUUACAACUGGAGUUUGUGUGUUAUGUGGACAAUACAGAAGAUAAUGUCCUAGCUAAUGAACUGUGGUAGAUGCAGACAUAUCUCAAGAUAUUAUUUAUAAUCGAUAUUGUCCUGUGAGACAGCAAAUAAUCCGCAACAUAGGGGGAGGAAUAGAAAACCAAUAAGACUGGGGAAAUAAUUGGUCAGUUUAUCACAACAGCAUUAAACAAUGGAUGAUACAACACAUUUAAAGUAACUGUUUGAUACUUAACCACUGUGUUUUGACUGUAUUGUAAUGAUUUAUUUAUUUUGUGAGAUAUUUAACUGGAGGGGAACACUUACAAGGCAAACAUUCCUUUGCAUUCUUUACUUUUUAUAGGAACUCUAUUAUGUGAAAAUAAAAUACCAUUUUCUCCCCUGCAAUGCAGUCUUUC